UAAAAAUAGUUAUUUUGUUGUUUUUACACACAUUAAGAAAACGCAUUAAUCAUGCAUUGUUCUUAAAAGUUAUCAAAUUUCAAUGUUUUUUAACCAAUACUUUUUCAAUAAAUUCAAUUAAUUUUAUUGAAAUUUCCAAUUUUUGUAUAGGAAACAUAAAAAAAACUAUCUUUGUGAAACAAUUUUUUUAAAAAACUUGUGUCUUAAUAUCUUAAUGAAACGGAGGGAGUAUAAUUAAGGUAAUUCCAUUCCUUUCACCUUAUUGCAGAUUAUUUAUUAUUCGUUUUACUGUUUUAUUUUUUUGCAUCAUGAUUGGUGAAUCCUUAUAUAAAAUUUCUAAUAUAUAUAUUAGAAAUGAUUUUUAACAAUUGGUGAUUAUAAAAUUAUGCAUUUACACAUAAGCCAAUAAUACAAGGAAAAAAAGAAAAAGAAUCAUUGCUUUGCCAAUUUAGAUUUGACAUAACAUAAACAAAUAUUCGCAGUUUUACUGUCUAUCUUCAAAAUUAGAAAAUAAACUGAGUAAUUACAAGCUUGCUGUUACAAGAAUAUAUAGAAAUCAUUGUUUUGACUUCUAGUUAUUUUUCUUCCCUAUGAAUUAACUUAUUAAAAUAUUCUAUUCAAUUAAAUUUUUGAUCCUCAUCACCUUGUUGCAGAUUAUUAGAUUUACUUUUAGUUACAUUUUUUGCAUCAUGAUUGGUGGAUCAUUAUAUCAUUUUGGAUAUAAAUAUACAAGAGCUAACUUUUAACUUUUUGUUACUAGAAAAUCAUGCAUUCAUAUACUGGACAAAAAUGCAAAGAAAAGAAAUAAAAUAAUUGCCAUACUAAACUACGAUUUUAUAACAUACACAUAUCUUUAGAAUGUUAUUAUCUAUCUACAAAAUUAAAGACAAACUGAGUAAUUACAAGUUUGAUGUUACAAAAAUAAAAAUAAAUUGCCAACUAUGAAAGUUGAUCUCGUAAUUAUGCCGCACACACACUCAAACAUGUAUAUAAACAAAUAGUUUCUCCACCAAAUUGUCCAACAACUCAAAGCAACUAAAACUACACCUUAAAAAAAACUAUGAUGUCGAAGAAGAAAGAAAGCAUGGGACGACAGAGAAUUCCGAUGGUUAAGAUAAAGAAAGAGACUCAUCGGCAAGUCACAUUCUCAAAACGUAGAGCCGGUCUAUUCAAGAAAGCUAGCGAGCUUUGCACAUUGUGUGGCGCAGAGAUUGGGAUCAUCGUGUAUUCUCCUGCCAAAAAGCCUUUCUCUUUCGGCCAUCCCAGCGUCGAAUCCGUAUUGGACCGUUACUUGUCCCGAAACGAUUUGUCCUUAGCCCAAACAAAGAAACCGCAGGGAAACACUGCAGGGAACUGCGAGCUGAAUAUGCUGCUGACGCAGACCGUGAGUGAGGUAGAGGAAGAGAAGAAGAAGGGUCAAGCGAUGGCAGAUGUGAGAAAAGGGAAUGCGGCGAGGCGGUUGGUGACAAAUUGGUGGGAAGGACCAGUGGACGAGAUGAAUGUGGUUCAGUUAAAGGUAAUGAAAUGUGCGUUAGAGGAGUUGAGGAAGAUUGUUGUGUCAGAGACAAAUACGGUGCCGUUUAAGGAGGUGAAAGAGGAUGUGUUCGGUUUCUUGGAUACUAAUAAAGUGACGGCUCCUUCUUACAUGAACACGUCUUCUGGUCUUUCUAAUGCUUAUCAUUUUGGCUAUGGAAAUGGUUGUUUCUGAUUCUUAAAUGUUAUAAAGCUAGUGUCUAGCUAGCUGUUUACUUUUUUCCUCAGAUUGUUUUUUGUUUUCGGCAACAUAGGGAAAUAUUAAUGCUAUCCGGUUCAGGUACUUUGACAGUAGAAUAUAUGCUAUAAUAGAUAUAUAGCUUAAAAUCAAGAUCCUUCUCUUGCAUCAGUACAGUUCCAAUCCCAAUAUCAGAAGCAUCACAUUCUAUCUCAAAUGUUUUGAGAAAGUUGGGCAAUACCAAUAAUGGCGCAUUGGUCAAUCUUUCUUUGAGUGUUUGGAAUGCCUCUUCUUGCUCCAAACCCCAAGUGAACCCCACACUUUUUUGAUAAUUUGUGAGUGAGAGAAGCUACGGAGCUGAAAUCUUCCACAAAUCGUGUAUAUGGGGGUUUCUCCUUCCUGAGUUUAGUUUCAGUUUUUGAUUUGAAGCUUGGAGCGGAGUAGGGCUGUGUUUUAUUGGUCUUUGAUGUUGAUUUGUUGGGUAGCUUUACGUCUUCUAAGAAUCGUUUGUGGCUAGUUCAUAUACGUCGGCCGUAGCACCAUGGUUGCAUACGUCUCUGUGCGUUGUUGUAUACGGUAUCGGUCCUGGGAUAUUUCGGGUCCAAUACGAAACUAAAAAUAUAGGCCCUGAAUAGUUAAUUAAAAAUUUAAAUUAUUGAAACUGUAAUUUACAGUUAAGAAUUACAAUAUCCCUAAGACUUAUAAAAGUAUCAAUUCUGAAAAUUAUCUUUCUAUUUCAUUUUAUAUAAGAAAAUGAAAAAGAAUAUCCAACAUUUUUAUGAUGUUAUAUGUUCAAAAUAAGUCUUAGAACACAUUUUUCCUUUCAUAUGCUAACAACAAAAACAUAAAUAUAAGCCAAAAAACUAUAUUAAUUGUAGGCCCAUGCUAAUGUUUCUUAAGCAUGUGUUCAAACACGGGCCUGGUUGUAAGUCGCAUGUCUUGUUUGUUUCUUGGUUUAUUCGGAUUCAGAGUGGGUUAAGUUUUGCUUGACUUUUGUAUCAGUUGUUCCGUUCUUCUGCCAUGUUCAGUGUGUCCCUUUGGUCAGAGUUUAGAGAAUGGUUAGGCUGUGUUUUGGGUUCGCCUUCUAGAUGCUAAAUCUUUGCGGAGUCAUCUUAAAUCCUUUCUUUUGUUGCUCGGUGAGCUAUUGAGGUUUGGGUUUCUAGCUAUGCAGUGGUUUUGAUCAUCAAAUUUUCUCUUGCGAGAAGUGGCCAGUCUUCUGUUUGAAGGUGGCAGAAUCUGGAAUGUGAGUGUCUGCGUGUAAGAGUUGCUGGUCACAGUCGGCGUUUUUCCGUCACAGAUUAAGGGUUCGCCUUGAACCUUGUUUUAUUGUUUAUUUGAUCCAUUGGUGGUCUACUUCAGGUGUGGCUCCUCCACCUUGCUUCUAGUUCACUACAAGAAAAAGUCUUUUCUAACGGACUUUUAUUCGUAUUUUUUUCGGUCGAAAAUUUAUGAUGGAUUUCCAACGGAUAUUUAAAUUGGUUGGAAACUUCCGACAGAAAUAAAUUGGAAAGAAGACGGUCAGAAAUUUUCAACUGUUUUCAGACGACAAAAUCUUAAAAAUAUAAUCGUUGGAAAUCCGUCGAAAAUUUCUAACUGAAUGAAGUGGUUAGAAAAUCAUCAGAAAUUUCCGAUGGAUUGACCAAAUUUUGAAACCCUAAACCAUGAACAUGAUUUUAAACCCUAAACUCUAAACAAACUUAAUAUUACAUCUCAAAAUCUCAAGGUUAAACUCAAAUCUUAAACUUAUACUUUAAACCCUAUACUACAAACACCAAAACCCAUAUCUAAAACUUAAAGUCAAAAUUUUAUUAUUUUCAAAAUUUAUUUUCAAAGCAUAAAUCUAAACCAAAAUAUUAUAUUCUAAGCCCUAAGAUUUUGGAAAUUUUUGACGGGGUUAUUCCGUUGGAAAUUUUGGAAAUUUCUGACGGUUUGGUAACGACUGGAAAACGGUCAAAAAAUUUCAACCAAUUUGUGACCUUAAAAUUUUCCAACCAAAUAGAACUGACCGUCAAAUCCGCCGGAAACCGGUUUCUGACGGAUUUGACGUUUGAAAUGACUUCUUUUCUUGUAGCGGUUGUUUCCUUGUUUUGUGUUUUUACUGCGUUGCUGGUUCUAGUGGAGUUCGUGGGUUCGAUUCUCUUCAUGUUUUUUAGGUGGAGUUGUGAUUUGAGAGUCUCAGUGCUCUUGUUCGUUUGUUUAGCUUCAACCCUCCUGCUAUCAUUGGUUCUAGUGUGGAAGCAUCUUGUUGCAGGUGUUUAUGGUUUGAGCUUGGAUUGAUUUAAGUCUGUUUUAUCCCCCAUCCUUAUUAAGGUUCUUUGUUUUUUUUGUUAAAAGGGCAUUUAAGGUUCUUUGUUGUUGUUGGGUUUCCUUUCUCUAGGGCAUAGUCUCUCUAUUUGAGCUGUAGACAGUGGUACUUAACCGGUUUCGAUAACGGUCUUAGUAGCCAUUUUAGUAUUCCAAAUGUUGUAACCUUUGAACUCAUAUAAUAGUAAUAACACCGGAUGACAAAAAAAAUGUUACGCCUGACAUUCUUAAAAUAUUCUUACGGUUUAAUAUUUAAUAUUUAAU